UUUGUUGGGCAGAAGUAUUUUUGAAUUUCGCACACGUUCGCUGGCAAAAAUAUGUACAAAUAUUGAAUGCGAAAAAGACAAGGAAAAAUUCCAUUUUUUCCGCAAAAAUGGUGACAGAGCGAAAUGCUGGCCGCCGCCUACUCGGAAAAAUAAUCCCCAGCCGAUUUGAACGAUUUAUUAUUUGGCCCAGCCAACUCGGAGCCUGUCCCGGACCCGGAACCAUUAAUCAUCCGAGUCCAGAUCCAAGUCCGAGUUCGAGUCCGAGUGGUGGACAGGCGGCUGCACUGCAAUUGGUGGACACUUUGGAGGAGAAGAAAGUUUUGCGCGCAGGAUUAGGAGGAGACGUCGCCGCGUACGCUGAUCUCCACCAGCACUCGCAUUCGCACCAUCCGAAUCCGCAUCCGCAUCCACAUCCGCACCCCCAUCCGUUCGCCACCGACGGCUUCAAGCUGCGUUCCGAAGAGCCGGUGCCGGGCUUCAGCUCGGCCUCCCCCUGGCCCACUCUGGAGCUGGGCAUGGAGUGGGGCCGGAAGCUGUACCCCAGUGCCGUUUCCGGUCCGCGAUCCGCCGGCGGCCUAAUGUUCGGCCUGCCGCCCACCGCCGCCGUGGACAUGAACCAGCCGCGCGGACCGAUGACCUCGCUGAAGGAGGAGCCGCUGGGCAGCCGGUGGGCCAUGCAGCCAGUCGUCGACCAGAGCAAUCUGGGCAUCGGCCGCGCCCACUUUGAGAAGCAGCCGCCCAGCAAUUUGCGCAAGUCGAACUUCUUCCACUUCGUGAUCGCCUUAUAUGAUCGGGCUGGUCAGCCCAUCGAAAUCGAGCGCACGGCCUUCAUUGGAUUCAUCGAGAAGGACUCGGAGUCGGACGCCACCAAGACGAACAAUGGCAUCCAGUACCGGCUGCAGUUGCUCUACGCGAAUGGCGCUCGCCAGGAGCAGGACAUUUUCGUGCGACUCAUCGAUUCGGUGACCAAGCAGGCCAUCAUAUACGAGGGUCAGGACAAGAAUCCCGAGAUGUGUCGAGUGCUCCUAACGCACGAGGUGAUGUGCAGCCGCUGCUGUGAUAAGAAGAGCUGUGGUAACCGCAACGAGACGCCAUCGGACCCCGUCAUUAUUGAUCGCUUCUUCCUGAAGUUCUUCUUGAAGUGCAAUCAAAACUGUCUGAAGAACGCCGGCAACCCGCGGGAUAUGCGCCGAUUUCAGGUGGUAAUCUCUACGCAGGUGGCCGUGGAUGGACCACUACUGGCCAUCUCCGACAACAUGUUCGUGCACAACAACUCGAAGCACGGGCGGAGGGCCAAGCGGCUGGACACCACGGAAGGUACAGGCAACACAUCCCUGUCCAUUUCCGGUCACCCCCUAGCGCCCGACAGUACCUACGAUGGUCUCUACCCACCGCUGCCAGUGGCCACGCCGUGCAUCAAGGCGAUCUCGCCCAGCGAAGGCUGGACAACCGGUGGCGCCACCGUGAUCAUAGUGGGCGACAACUUCUUCGAUGGACUGCAGGUUGUGUUCGGGACCAUGCUGGUCUGGAGCGAGCUGAUCACCUCGCAUGCGAUCCGGGUGCAGACACCGCCGAGACACAUUCCCGGCGUGGUGGAGGUGACGCUUUCCUACAAGAGCAAACAGUUCUGCAAGGGAUCACCCGGCCGCUUCGUCUAUGUCUCAGCUCUCAACGAACCCACAAUCGACUACGGUUUCCAGCGCCUGCAGAAGCUCAUUCCCCGGCAUCCCGGCGAUCCCGAGAAGCUCCAGAAGGAGAUAAUCCUCAAGAGGGCCGCCGAUCUGGUCGAGGCACUGUACUCUAUGCCCAGAUCACCGGGCGGCUCGACGGGCUUCAAUUCCUAUGCAGGCCAACUGGCGGUCAGUGUCCAGGAUGGUUCCGGCCAGUGGACCGAGGACGACUACCAGCGUGCCCAGUCGAGCAGCGUGAGUCCACGUGGCGGCUACUGCAGCAGCGCCUCCACGCCGCACAGCUCGGGAGGAUCCUACGGCGCCACGGCGGCCAGUGCAGCGGUGGCGGCCACGGCCAAUGGCUAUGCGCCUGCACCCAACAUGGGCACACUCUCCUCGUCGCCCGGCAGCGUCUUCAACUCCACGUCAAGGGUCAGCAGCCUGAGCUUCAAUCCCUUCGCCCUGCCCACCUGCAAUACACAGGGCUAUAGCACCCAACUGGUGACGUCAACCAAAUAAUAUUACUACUAAAUGAGGCUAUUGGCAGGCCCGAAAUCCACAAGUCUCCCCCAGGAGUCGCAGAUACCACGCCAAUCACAAGAAGCUUGAAAGUGCAAUAAACAAAUGAAAAUGGUUCCAAAAUUCAAAACUCUAUUGAUAUAGUUGUACAUUUUUUGAUUGAAUCCCGUUUAUAACUUAUUUUGAAUAUGCCUCGGUACUAGAUUUAUAAACAUACGCAUAGAAUACCAUAUCAAAGUAAACGAAAACAUAUGAGAGAGGGGAAGGCAUAUCAUGCAAGGGGCUCAAGAACCCGGAAGUUAAGAUCGGGCAAAAAUAGUUCUAAAAUAGCUUGAUAAAAUACAUUUUGUAAAUAUUUAUCUCAAAGUAUAAAAAACUUAAUAAUAAUCGGAACUGUGAAUAGAUGAAAUUAUACAAAAUAUAUACCCAUGAUGAUCAAUUCUAAUACGAAUCAAGAUAUACCAAAACAGAUACAAUUUGAAAGAACUUUUGGACAUAACUAAAUGCUUGUAUACGAUACUUUCUUGGAUUAAUAUCGAAAAUAAUGAAGAAAAAAGUCUUGGAUAUACACUCUGCCAGUCGAGAGAACCGAAAUCAAAAUGUUAUAUACCUACAUAGAUAUACAAGCCAGAUUUGCAGCAUAUCUAAGCGUAAUAUUACAACAAAUUUAUACCAAACUUUUGGCAAACAUAUCGUGCACUUAGUCCUAAUAUCCACCUAAAGCGAACCCGAACACAUCACUACUCGAACAUAUUUGUAUAAUGCCCUUCAUAUCCACAAUUCGAAAUUCUCUAUCAACAUCAACACCAAAUCAUCAUUAGGCAUACAUUCACACAUUUCGCUAUUCAAGUCAGUGUUUGAUAAACUACCGAUUUGUUGACUAGAAUCUAAGCCUAGCAUACACUGGGAAAUGAUAUCUGGGGGUGCAUAUACUAUAUAUAUAUACAUACGUAGGCUUAAGUUUAUUGUUUAUUGCUCGAUUUGUAGGAGUUUUACUGUAAUUUGUAUUCGUAUUGUAUGAUAAUGUACGCUUGCACUCCUAGAUCUACAAAAAAUUGACAAAAAACGAAAUGGUUGGCUUCGCAAUUGGGAAGCAGCCAAUACAAGCAUAUCUAUAAGAAUCGCAUAAACAGCAGAACUUAGCCGCAAAAUCGAUUUGUAAAUUACAAUACAAUAAUUUAUAAUAACAAUCUAGCAACGCUCUCUGUUUUGUAAAUCUUAACAAGUUAUUUAAAUAAAAUUUAUUUAAAAUAAACGUAAUACGCCAUGAAA